CUUCAGGACAACGCUCACUACAAAUUUGAAUACGGCGUCCACGACCCCCACACCCACGACAAGAAGUCCCAGUACGAACACAGAGACGGCCACCACGUCCACGGAGGUUACGAACUUAAAGAGCCCGAUGGCACUCAUCGCGUUGUUAAGUACAUCUCCGGACCCCACAAGGGAUUCGAAGCCAUUGUGGAGCGUCAUGGACAUGCCCAUCACCCUGGACACAAGCACGGACCUGGUGGAACCAGCUACGUAGGUGUGACCCACUGGGGCAACCAAGGGGACGAUGACGAGGAUGAGCACGAACACUGAACAGAGGAAGUACCUGAUUUUUUCACAAUAAUGUUUUGUACAAGUUUUUACUGAACCAAAUAUACUCCA